UGCCGUCCUUGUGUCCUCACAAAUUCUAUGUUUUUAUUUCCAUGUUCGUUUCCACUUGCAUCCACUCUCCUAUUCCAUUUGUUCCUGUGGCGUGUGAGCACAGUGCUGCGUUUGCUAAAAUCGAUAGUCGCCUGGGUGCGCUUUCACCUCGAAGCCAUUCUGCAAGACGGGAUCCUGGGGUACAUCAUGCGCCGUUUCCUGCGCUCGGCCAUGAUUGUCUUCAGCUGGUUUGUGGUGCCCUACAGCCGCUACACCAACAUCAAGGUGAUUCGACGCAAGCUGCCGCCCAUACGCAGUCACCUGCUGGAGAUACCUGCCGUCGAUCUCGCCAAGCUGAUUCGCAACAGAAAGAUUAAGAGCGAAGAAGUCGUCGAGGCAUACAUCGAACGAUGUCGACAGGUAAAUCCGCUGAUCAAUGCGAUUGUGCAGGAUCGCUUUGAGGAGGCGCUGGAGGAGGCGCGCGAGAUUGACAAUGUGAUUGCCAUGGGCAUUAACAGCGUCGAGUCCAUGGAGGAGCAUACGCCGCUGCUGGGCAUACCGGUCACGGUCAAGGAGAGCAUCGCCGUCAAGGGUAUGACCAACCAGGCGGGCCGUGUCUUCAAGACCCCGCAAAUAGCCAAAGCGGACGCGCCCGUCGUGGAGCAGAUCAAGCGUUGCGGCGGCAUCAUCUUGCUGGUGUCCAACACUCCGGAGCUGUGCCUGCUCUGGGAGACGUACAACAAUGUCACGGGCCAGACGAAGAACCCCUACGAUCUGAAGCGCACCCCAGGCGGCUCCUCGGGCGGCGAGGCGGCGCUGCUGGCGAGUGGCGCCUCCCUGCUGGGCCUCACCUCGGACAUUGGCGGCUCCUCGCGUCUGCCGGCCAUGUUCAGCGGCAUCUGGGGCCACAAGCCCACACCGUAUGCGGUCUCCUUUCGGGGCCACCAUCCGACCAGCGACUUUCCCAAGUGGGGCGACUUCUUUACCAUUGCGCCGAUGACACGUUACGCCAAGGACCUGCCGCUGCUGCUCAAGUGCAUGAGCGAUCCGACCGGGCCGAAGCUGACGCUCGACAAGGAGAUCAGUGCGAACGGCAUCCGCUUCUUCUUCAUGGACAACGACGGUCCCUCGGGCAUGAUGCGGCCGCUCAGCCGGGACCUGCAUGCGGCCAUUAAUCGAGUGGCCAGCGACUUCAAUGCGAAGCGUGUGAACAUACGGAAGAUGAAGUGGUCGCUGGACAUCUCGCUGUCCGCCAUGCUGACCAUGAAGAACAUCGAGACCAUCUACCACAAGACCGAGGAGGGGGAGCAGCCGAAGACCGUGUGCAAGGAGACGGUCAAGUAUUUCUUUGGCUGCUCGGACAGCAUCCUGCCCUCGGUGAUCUUCGGCCAUCUGCAGAAUUUCAUGAAGAUCAUACCCAAUUCACGGCACAAGCAUCUGGCCAGCAUCAUCGAAGCGCUCAAGACUGAAUUCAAGGAGCUGCUCGGCACAGACGGCGUCUUCCUCUACCCCACAUUCCCCAACACAGCGCACCAGCACUACCAGAUCUACCACAAGCUGCUGGAGCCGAUGUACAUGGCGAUCUUCAACACGCUCGGCCUGCCCGUCACCAACUGCAUGAUUGGCCUGGAUCGUCGCAACCUGCCCAUGGGCAUCCAGGUGGUUGCCAAUCCCGGCCAGGACCAUCUCUGUCUGGCCGUGGCCCGGGAAAUGGAGCGACGCUACGGCGGCUGGGUGCGUCCGCCCUCGGAGGAUAGCCACAGCCACGCCCAGUCGAGCAGCAAGCGUUAGUUAAUUGCAUCAUUCGGCAUCCCCAUAUAAAUCGAUAUUUCUGAUACCAUUCCUCGGUGAACCCUUAGCUGACUAUGUCGAGCACGAUUGAGAAACCCAAAGAAAACCUCUAAAAAUGUCCGAUUUUGUUCUUAGUUCUGUUGAGUUGGGGCUAACUUUAAUUAUAUCUUUAUUACCAUUCACCCACAUAUAAGGAAAAUUCAUGGAAUCACAUCACACAUUUUAGUUAAAGUUGCGGAGUAUUAAAUUAUUGCUUUUGUAAUUGUCCAAAAUUCCUUGUUGUAUGUACUCGAUAUCUAUAUUGUAUGUAUGUAUAUAUAUUCAGCUAGAUCUUAAGCGCUAGGUUACGAUGACCGCAGCUGUCGGCAUAGAUCAUAACUAUGUAUAAUAUCAUUUUUCUAGCAUCUAUUGCGUAUUAUUUAAGCACAUCGAAAUGUGUGUGUCUUCUCAUUGGGAUCUUAUCGAUUGGAUAUAAUUGAACUUUUAUUUCUAAAUAAAAAAGAGUGAAUAU